AUGAGAUUCACCGCUAUCGCUGCCCUUCUCCUUGCCGCCGUCGCAAGCGCCCAGUCUCCUCCCUUCUCGAACUGCGCGCCCGGUGCCACGGAUAUGACGGUGACCAGCUUCAGCUUGAGCCCCGAUCCUCCAUGUGUCGAUCAAACUUACUGUAGCAAUGUCACCGGAACCCUCAACACCCCUAUCAUCGACGGUGCCAAGUUGGCGAUCACUGGCAGGUAUGGUGGACGCGUCAUUUACACCGACAACCAUGACCUGUGCACCCUCCUUGCCGCCUCUGGACACCCUUGCCCUGUUUCCGUCACCACCACCAGUCUCUCUCUCUGCGUUCUCUUGAAGCCUAAUUCCCCCCUUAAUUACCCCAUGGCGCUGACUAUCCAGGCCAACAACGGCAACGGCAAUGUGCUCUUCUGCCAGGUCGCCACGGUCGUUCCCCGGGCGUGCUCUUAAAUCAGUCGAGCAGGCUCACACUCUCCACGGUUCUCCAAAACAUCCCCUUCUCUUCUUAUUCCUUCUUUUUAAAAGAAAAGCAUUUGGCAGUAGGCGAGGGCGAUUUUUGUUUUCUAAUAUUUACUGCUGAUUUAUCUGGCAACAACAGAAAAUAAAUUAUUAUUGGAG